AUGGCUCCUGGUCCGAAACGAAAGCGUGGCGACCGCACCUUCUCCUACGACGAUAGCCCGCGACCGUCGCCGCACCGACCACAGAAUCUACCACUCGCGCAUACUCAACACCAGAACAGCCCACGUGGCGGACGAGGAGGUGGAGACAGGCGGCAAAGCAGGGGAGGAGCGGGGAUGGGCGGAGGAGGCCGUGGCGGUUACAGCGUACCACAAAGUCCCAGCGUCGCGUAUGCUUCUCCACCAGCCAGAUCCCCAACAGUAGGCGCACCCCAUCCGCCUAGACCUGCUCAGCCGGCGCCAUCUGCUCCGGCGCCAUCUGCUCCGGCGCCAUCUGCUCCGGCACCAUCUAAUCCAGCACCAUCCAAGGACCCAGUCUCUCUGCCCUCAGCGCCGACGCGCGAAGUACCAGAGAGCAACGAGUACCUGACGCCCCAACGCGUUGCCAAAUGGAACAAUGAAGCACGACAAGCAGUUGUCCAAGCUGCGCUGACGGCCCAGCGUAAAGGCGAUGUCUUUACGCUAUCCGUCGUAUUCCACGAGAUCAUCGAGGCGUCGAUGGAUCGCCUGUUGAGCUCAGGCGAGCUGGGAUCGUUGGUUCGAGACAUUGUCGCUGCACCCCCAAACGAGUCGGUAGACCCCGUAUCCACCUUCCUCGACACGCUCAGCUCCUUGACAGAGAACGAACACAAGCAGACUUUGGUACGGCCUAUGCUCAUGGCAACGGAUAUCGAUGUCGGGCGAAUGCGCUCCGAACUCGAUAUCAACUUACUGAAACAUCUUGAGCUGGUCCGUGGAAGCUUCGGGAAGAUGGCCGUCCGCAAAGCCACACACGCUCUCUACCGCCAAUCGAAUUACAAUCUCCUUCGCGAAGAGACCGAGGGCUAUUCGAAGCUCAUGACCGAAUACUUUACUACAGUCAACAGCGAGCCACCGAGUCACGAAGUCGUUAGUGAAACAUACCAGCGAGUGAAUGCUCUCAUUGGCGCAUUCGACUUGGACAUUGGCAGAGUUCUCGACGUGACACUCGAUGUCUUUGCCAAUUUACUCGUCAAGCAUGGAAAGUUCUUCGUCAAGCUACUUCGCUGCAGCGCAUGGUGGCCAGAGCAGCGGGGACUGGAGGGUAUCGAGUGGGAGGAGCCGGAAGUAUCGACACUUCCAAACUGGGCCCAACCAGAAUCACCGUUGUGGUAUCACUCUGAGGAGGAGAAGCUUCAACAACUGCAGCUACGUGAACGCCGAGACCGCAAGUUUUGGGACCGUGUUGGAGAGCUCGAAGCUUCACGAGCCGGGAAGGGCAUCGAGGUCUUUUUCGAGCUUGGCGCUCGACGUAUCACUGCGAACAACAGGCCGAGAGACGAGAAAAUCCAUGCAGAGGGCGCUACUCUUUCCGAUCAACAAGCUGCACGGAAAUGGGCAGAUGACUGGAUGUUGCAAACCGGGACAUUGCCGCCUUCGGGUAAUGAUACCGCUGCUCAGCUUCUUGGCUUCAAGUUGCAAUUCUACGCGUCUGAUGCUCGCGACGCAUCAGAUUUCCUCCCCGACAACCUAAUCCACCUGGCUGCCCUUCUCGUCAAAGUGGGAUUUAUCUCGAUUCUAGAUCUUUAUCCACAUCUGUAUCCACCAGAGAGCGAAAUGUCCGCUCACAAACGGAAGCUGAUAGAAGCUAAGAGGGAGAAGGAAGAGAAGGAGAGCGGAAAAGACAAUGCAUUGACACUGUCAGUGCUCUCGGACGACACUAUACAAGGACCGCCUGCCGUAAGCCGCCUCAGAGAAGCCGACAAAUCCACAAGGCCCGAGUCUGAGAGCGGCACUCCUGGAAAACCCAGCGAAGCCACAGAUGCGAAGCCCCCACUGCCAGAGCCAGCUGAUCAGAAGUACCAACUUCUUAAAAGUUUGCUCUGCAUUGGCGCUUUGCCUGAAGCCUUGUUUAUCCUUGGCCUCCAUCCUUGGUUACUGGAGGUCUACCCGGACCUACUUGAACUUAUGUCUCGUCUAGCCCAUCACUCAAUCAGCAAAGUCUACGAAGCAGCAAGGCCUAUCUCCCCAGAGCAGAUUCCAGUCGUAACAAAAGGCGCCGUUUCUCGAGGCCUUUCCCGCCCAAGCGAUUUCACACCCCGACGAACACUUCGAUGGCCUAAACCAGAUCAGAAAGAUGCAGGCGAUGGUGUCGAUUAUCGAUUCUACUGGGAAGACUGGGCUGACAAUGUACCUGUUUGCCAAGACGUCGACGACGUGAUCAAACUGUGUACCACCUUGCUUGGGUUGGUAGGCCCCGAGUGCGGCAAAGAUACUGUUCUUUUGACAAAAAUCGCACGCAUAGCGAGAAAAGACUUUGCAAAUAACCCAUCAGAUGCAAACCGACAGCGCUGGAUCAGAUUCUCGACAACUUUCCUCACUCCAACGCUCUCUUUCACUGGUCAGAACCCGGGUGUCGUGAAUGAAGUAUGGGAGCUUCUCAAGCAGUUCGACACCGCAACACGCUUUACCAUAUACGAACAAUGGCAAGUCAAGGGAGCCAGCAAACCAAUCUUCAGACAGUUCUUCAAAAAGGUGCAACACGCAACGAGUAAGGAAUUGAACAAAGUCACGGCUACAAACACCAAGGAGUCCGGACGCAGGAUUGCCAAGAUUUCUUAUUCCAAUCCUGGAAUCGUCUUCAAGAACAUUGUCACGCGACUUAUUAGCUAUCCAAAUAUGAUCGACGCCCUUGUGGAGUGCAGCAAAUACAUCACCUUCCUCGGGUAUGACGUUCUGACUUGGACCCUCGUUACCACCCUCACGAAUCCUAACAAAGAAGGAAAAAAGGGCGAUGGCAUGUUCGCCCAAGGCUGGCUUACCAACCUGUCUUUGUUCAUUGGCAGAGCCUACCAGAGAUACACCCUGCUGGAUCCGACCCCGGUUUUGCAAUACACGACACACCAGCUUCUACAAUCUUCGGGUGAGCUGUACAUGCUCGACGUCCUCGAGCAGAUGGUUAAAUGGAUGGGUGGUAUCGCAGCCACCGGCUCACUCUCGGAAUCCACCGUCCUUUCGUUGAGUGCAGGGCCAGUCCUUCGCGCAUACACCCUGCAGCACAACCUUGCGGACAAUCGUCAUCAGGCUGUUACCUCGGCCAAGCGAUUAGCAAAAUGCCUGAAGGACAGAGACCUGGCGCCGCAGAUUCUGGUCGCGCUGGCACAGCAUGUCGAGGCUUUCAUUCAUCGCGAUGAUCAGCUUGAUGCUCCUGACAAAGUGGUCUUCUUCAACGCUGAUAAACUGCAUUCGAACCUCUUUCAAUAUCUCGAAUUCCUUCGCGCCUACUUCUCGGAGGAAGAUUUCGACAGCGCUUUCCCAGGUUUGAUCGAAAUGAUCUCUGAUUAUGGCGUGGACCCAACUAUUGCUUUCACCAUUUGCCGUGCAAGCAUAGCUGCGAAAGCAAACUCUUUCAGGGUUGAGCAACAAGACAGGUCUUCAGAUACCAAAAACCGGAGCAACAGUGGAGACAUCGCAAUGGGAGGAGCAGAGAGCACAGCAGUCAACAGCACUGCUACUCCCUCUACCGCUGUAGGCGAUGGUGCCUCUAGUGCGCCUGGAGAUGUUGAGAUGAACGAGGCCGCUAAGACUGAAUCCGAGGGCGUUUUGGUGGGAACGACUAUGGCCGGUCUUUCGAAUCCCGAGAUCGAAAGAGUAACGGAACAGUUGAGAGCAGUACUGCCCGAGUCUUUUGCAGAUCAUCCUUGCCUGUCGUUCUAUGUCACAUUCUGGCAAUUGUCUCUUCCCGACGUCGAUCAGAAUGGUAUUAGAGAUCGAUACCGCGAGACGAUCCAGAAUUGGCAACAAAAAGCCGCCCCUACGCACGCAGACCGUCGAUACAACUCGCGCAUUCCUAAGCAGGACACGCCAGAACAGCGACGCGCAAAAGAAGAGAUCGCGAAGCUAAGCAAGGAGCGAGACGCUGUUGCGAAGAUCGCCAAGGCUACUCAGGAUCAGUUGCGGGUCGAAAUGAGCAAGUGGUUCGCAGACGUGCCUAUGGUCGGUCCUCGAUCUGACGCUCUUCACUUGGCCCUGUUGCAGGACUGCUUCAUCCCCCGCAGCCGCAUGUCUCUGCACGAUGCGCAAUACACUUCCGCUAUGCUACAUUUCAUGCACAGCUCUGGAGUGCCUGGGUUCCGUACAAUCAAGCUGCUCGACCUUCUCUUUUCCACCAACAAGCUCAGCUGUAUCAUCGGCAUGUACUCGGAAGAAGAGUCGAAAAACUUCGGUCGGUUUCUCAAUGAUGUUCUUCGAGAGCUUCAGAAGUGGCAUGACAACAAGCACGAUGCCUAUGUCAAGUUCGCGUACGGCGCGGAUAGGCAAUUGCCUGGAUUUGGCAGAAAGUUUGAUGCCGAUCGCAACCCAGAGACUCAUCUUGACUACAAUGACUUCUGUCAAGUGUCCUUCAAGUGGCACAAGGCUUUGUUCAGCGCGCUCAAGACUUGCAUUGAAAGCGGCAAGUACACAGAGGUUCGCAAUGCGAUCAGUGUGUUGAACGCCAUCUCUUCAAGCUUUCCUAAGGUUGACACCAUGCGUGACGAGCUCCAAACACCACUGGAGCACAUUGCUAAAAACGACGAAAGGGAUGACCUUAAGAUCUCCGCGCAAUCGACAUUCCGGAUAUUCAAGCAAGGCAAAGCUCACUGGCGGACAGAAUGGCAGUACCGUAAUAUUCCUGCCCCACCGGAAGCCACCAACGGCGCCAGCAAAGCCGACUCUCAGACACCGCAACCGAAAGACGCUCCUGCAACAAAGCUUAACGCCAGCGCGCCUGUGUUCAAGUCCAGAAACGAAUCAAACAAUGAGACGCCACUACCUACAGACAGCCCCGACGACAACGCCCAGAAGCGAGGUUCAACGCCAGCAACAUCAGCAGUUCGUCCUAGCGAUAGGGACUCUUCUUCUCAGGCAAGUACCAAAGAGCCUGAUGUUAGGGACUCUACUCCAUCGCAGCAAGAGCGGGGUGACAAUACACCUGUUAGGGGCACACCUGUCCCAUCUGCCCAUGCCUCUUCCGGACCUUCUCGAAUGGACAGCAGGGCCACGCCGAGCCAAGGCCCUCCAAUGGGCAGAUCCUCUCAUGCUUUGCCCAUUAGACCAGAUUCUCAACCUCACAGACCUCGCCCCUCUGACCGUCAGUCCGAUUACGGCCCUCCCCAUGGCCGACACGACAGCCGGCCGCCUCAUAACGACUAUGGGCGUCUUGAGCGCCCGAGCGAUCCUCGCGACCGACCUAUGCCUGGUGGCAGAACCCCUGAGAGGGGCCCCGGUCCUGUAGAACGCCGUGAUUAUGGCAGAGACCCUAGGGAGUACGAUGAGCGAGCCAUGCGAGCGCCGCCAAGGGAAGCUAGGGGUCCCCCUAUCCGUGGGCCUCCUCAGUGGGAGCCUAGAGAUCCGAGAGAAGCCAGAGACCAUCGAGAGCGACUCGACCACCGGGGGCAUCCUGUGGUACCUGUCAUGGAGCCCAGAAGGACAUCCUCAAACUCAAACCUGUCGCAAGAGUACUCCUCGCACCAACGUGACUUGCCGUCGUCUGGCAGGCACCAAGCCCCGGACAGGGCAGAAGCACCAAUCUCGCGACAACCGCCUACCAAUCUGUCGACAGCCACCGAUGGCCCUGCAAUCAAUCCGGCUCGUGCAGCUUUGAUAGAUCCUGCAGUCAAUCCAGCGCGUGCUGCUCUAAUCAACGAAGCGGGACCUCCCAGGCACGAGUCCCCUCGAUCUGACCGCGACAGCCGUCGCGAGAGAGGACCGCGUCCGCAGUCUCCUAGAAGGGGAGAUGAUCGUCGUGGGGACGAUGGCGGCCCGCCACCUCAACACGUCCGUCACGAAAUUCCUUAUGAUCAUCGGGAGGAGCGAAUACCUCCCCACGCACCCCCUUCGAAUCGUGACCGCCGGGACGAAAUGAGUGUCAACAGCACGCCUACGGGUCCUCGUAGGCCGCAGAAUGAGUCUGUUCGGACUGAGAUGCCGGGUUCGUCUCGCGGUUCUCGCGAGAUGUUCCAGCCUUCACAGUCUUCACGCCAAUCGUACGUUCAAGCGCAGGACCCCAACUACGGUAGGCUUAAUGCGCCUUCCGAACCCGUCCCUUCUGGGCCGCGUGGUCAGUCCUCUGCCCAAAAUCAUUGGCCUCCACUGACGUAGGCAGGUGAUCGUCGCGAGACGCCAUCCCAGCUACCACCACUAAGCGCCCCUUCAGGUCCAGCAGCAUCGAAUUUGAACCCAAAUCCUCCGGGUGUACAUCCUAGUCGACUGCAGGCAAACUUCGGUGGUAGUGGGUCCAACGCUCCACCUAUACAAACGGAUGUUUCAAGCGCGCCAAGUGGCCCUCGUGGCUCGGGUAGGACGCCUCAAGGGUCCUUGCCCUCCCCAGGAGGCAGGGGCCCACCGACAGGACCUGCGUUCAACAAUGACCGAGGACCACGUAAUCCCAACCCCUUGCGAGCUAUUAACAACGUCCUAACGCAGAAUGCACCAUCACCCACCGAGCGGAACGCGCCCAUUCAGACUCUGAACUCUCCGGUCACUGUACGUGGUCGAGGUGCCAAUCGUGCCAACACUUCUGGCGAUGGACAGAGCGAUAUGAAUAGUCCCAUGCCGCCGCCGCAACACACGCCGAUACUCAACUCUCGAGCCGAAGGUCAGUAUCCUAGGAGCGAUAGGCAAGGUCCGUUGGGGCAGGUGGGUGGCGAACCCCUGGAUGAACGAUCGGAAUCACGCAGCCGUCGUACUGAAGGCAGACGAGAGGAGCGGUCCGGACGCGAACGAGAUCAUGAGAAGCGAUCAGAAGAACGAAGCAGCCGAAAUGGGCCGAGUCAACGAGGAGAAGCAGGCCAGGAACAAGAACGAGGAUCUGACCGGGAGCGUCGCGAAAAGAGGGGUAGUGACAGGGAGAGCAGCAGACGGCAUGGUGAGCGGGAAGGCGAACGGUCAAGCCGCGAAGUAGCAGGAGACCGAACGGGACGCGAGCCUCGCGAACCACGCGAAAGGGGUGAACCACGGGAACCACGCGAAAGCAAGUCUCAUCGCAGCUCUCGCGACGAGGCUCGCCCAUCAGGAUCAGGACGGGAAGAGCGCGACCGACGCAGCAGAGGUGAAAGUGGAAAUGGGGGAGACGACGGACGAAAACGAGUUCGUGAUCCUGCGGACCAGCCACAUGGCGACAUGAAGCGCAGACGAUAG